CCGGGCGAGCCGCGCCGCCGUGCCCGCCCGAGCAGGGCGCGGAGGGCGCGCGCCGGGGCCGCCGGUGCCCCUCGCCCGUGCUGCUGACGGCCUUCGGGUGCUUCCUGGCCGCCGUUGGCCUCGUGGCCUACGCGCGGGUGGAGCGGCAGCUCCUCGCGGGGCGGCCGCUGCCGCGGGGCGGCCAGCAGCGGAACCUGGAGUCGCCGGUGGCGGAGGCGCCCGUGGCGAGCGAGGACACCACCCCGUGGGCAGCGGACGGCCACGCUCUUCGCGAGGAGGCCGCCUCCGCCGCGCGGGGCGGCGAGGCCCCGCUGGCGCACGGCGCUGGCGAGGCCGCCAGCGCUGGCCUCGCGGUCGCCGCCACUGGCACGACCACGGCCGACCCCACCGACACGACCACUGGCACGACCUCGACCACCUUCGUUCCCCUAACGUCGGCCACCGCCACCACGGAGACCAGCACCGUCGCGUGCGCCGCCGGGGGGGUGGACUGCACGAGGUCCCGGUGCUGCACGGCGGCUGGGGCGCAGUGCUACCAGAAGAACGAGACCGCGGCGUUCUGCAAGCUGGAGUGCAGGGAGGGCCCGGAGAUGACCGACGAGGAGUACGCCAUCUGGACGUGCAAGGAGCUCGGGCCCCGCACCAGCGGCCCCACGAGGCCGAUCAACUGGACGAUCAUCCGCGUGCCGGACUGGGCGGAGGCGGACUGCUCGCCGAGGGGCGCGGACUGCCUCAGGACGAGGUGCUGCAGCGACGCCGGCCUGCAGUGCUACGCGAAGGGCGGCGGCGUCGCCCGGUGCAAGGCGUCCUGCAUGCCAGGCCCGGACUUGGCGGACAACGACUCGACGAGCUGGAGCUGCGAGGAGGUCGGCCCGCGCACGCCCGGGGUGGCGUCGGCCGACGCCGCGAGCGCGGCGCUGCCGGAGUGGGCCGCGGACCACUGCGCGGUCAGCGGCGAGAGCUGCAGCCGCACGCGGUGCUGCAGCGAGCCCGGCCACCAGUGCUUCGAGAAGAACGGCGGGUGGAGCGCCUGCAGGCCAGAGUGCGUGCCAGGCCCGCAGCCCGACGACCGGGCGGACGAGGACUGGACUUGCAAGGCGUUGGGGCCGAUGAGCCCGGGCACCGCGGAGGUGUUCAAGAUCCGGCGGGGCUCCUUCUUCGUCAUCGGCGACUGGGGUCGGGGCGAGGGCACCUCCGGCAUAGCCCAGGAGUGCCAGACAUCGAUCGCAGAGGCGAUGGACAAGAAGAUGGCCGAGCUCGGGGACGUGAAGUUUGUGAUCAGUCUGGGUGACUCCUUCUAUUCCGAGGGCGUCCUGAACAAAGACGACCCCGAGUGGGACAAGAAGUGGCGCUGGGUAUACAGCGUAGAUCUCCGAAGCAUCCCUUGGUACAGCGUCUAUGGCGAGCGCGACUACCGCACGGACCCGUGCGCGUGCACUUCGGAUGACAGGGAGUGUGCUCAGGUAAGCUACGACGAGGACGAUUUCGAGCACUUCCAGAUGCCGGGCACGAGCUACUUCCACGAGUACCCAGAGAUGGGCAUCGAGCUCGUGGGGCUGGACCUCAACAAUUUUCAGAACGGGGACAGAUUCGAAGGCGAUGGCUCGGCCGACGAGGUCAUGUUCUCGGACUGCUUCAAGACGAGCUGCGCCUUCAAGUGCCUGGACAACAUGAGGACCCGUGCGGAGGCGAGCAUGAAGUUGUUCCACGAGCGCGUGGCGAACUCGAGGCAGAAGUCCAUGGUGGUCUUCUCGCACUACCCGACGGACCACUUCCGGAGCGCCCCCAGGUUCCUGGACGCCCUCCGCAACAACUCCGCCCGCAGCAUCACGUACUUCGGCGCCCGCCGCCAAACCACCGACCAGCCUGGUGUCUCCAUCGAGCCGAACGCACAGUGGGUCGUGGGCGGUGGGGGCGGCGACGGGUGCAAUUCCAGCAGGCAGGGCUUCGCUGUGGGGGAGAUCUGGGGCGACAGCUCGAUCACGGUCACGCCCGUCGACGUCGAUUUUUGAGGCGUGCUGCGGCUGAGGCCCGGCGCUGGGCGGCGCGAAGCCGUGGGCACCUCGCCUGGCACCAGUGGCGGGAGCUGGGCGCCCAGUGGCGCGCUGGCGACCGCCCGCGCACCCGAAGUCCAGCGGCGCCUGAGGCUGAGCAGGCGCCCGUCGCCGUGGCACUCUCAGGAGAGAAAGAAACACACAGACACAAUUAAUCGGCG